AUGGCAGGCGGCGGGGGAGGAGCGGUGAAGGAGGUGAAAUCGAAGGCCGAGCUUGAUCAAACCAUUGGGGAGGGCUCUCCGGUCAUUCUGCACUUCUGGGCGUCGUGGUGCGAGGCCUCCAAGCACAUGGACCAAGUUUUCUCUCAUCUCUCCUCUGAUUUCCCUCUAUCCCACUUCCACCGGGUUGAAGCUGAAGAACAACCAGAAAUUUCUGAGGCAUAUUCUGUCUCUGCCGUGCCUUAUUUCGUGUUCUUUAAGGAUGGCAAGGUAGUUGAUACACUGGAAGGUGCUGAUCCAUCUAGUUUGGCCAACAAAGUUGCCAAAGUUGCUGGGUCAAUCAGUCCUGGUGAACCCGCUGCUCCUGCUAGCCUCGGGAUGGCCGCAGGUCCUACUAUUCUUGAAACAGUUCAGGAGUUUGCUAAAGAAAAUGGUUCCCCUCGGGAAGGGGCCCUAUCACCUUCAGCUGUAGGUGACAGACUCAAAAAGAGACUUGAGCAGCUUGUUAAUUCUCAUGACAAUGAUGUUCGUGAAGGAUUGAAGAAAUUUUCCAACUGGCCAACGUUUCCUCAGCUAUACUGUAAGGGUGAACUGCUUGGUGGCUGUGACAUUGCAAUUGCUAUGCACGAAAGUGGUGAGCUAAGAGAUGUUUUCAAAGAUCACGGAAUUGAAAUAUCCGAUCCCAGUGAGAUAAAAGCCACCAAACCUGAUGGUGGACAGGGAGGCAUUACGGGUCCUUCAGGCUUGACUGCAGCUCUGACUUCUCGACUGCAAGGUCUGAUAAAUUCUAGUGAAGUCGUGCUGUUUAUGAAAGGAAAACCCGAUGAACCUCGAUGUGGUUUUAGCCGCAAGGUUGUUGACAUUCUUACAGAGGAGAAAGUCAAGUUUGGGAGUUUCGACAUUCUUAGUGAUGAUGAGGUUCGUCAAGGCCUUAAAGUUUAUUCAAACUGGUCGAGUUAUCCUCAGCUAUACAUAAAGGGUGAACUCAUUGGUGGAUCAGACAUCGUGUUGGAGAUGCAAAAGAGUGGAGAACUUAAGAAGGUUCUAUCCGAGAAAGGGAUCCAGUCUGGUGAAACCCUCGAAGAUCGCCUUAAACAUUUGGUAAAUUCAUCAGCCAUAAUGCUUUUCAUGAAGGGUACACCAGAUGCUCCGAGAUGUGGGUUCAGCUCCAAAGUAGUAAAUGCCCUGAAGGAGGAGGGACUCGAGUUCGGUUCUUUCGAUAUUCUAACCGACGAGGUGAUGAGGCAAGGAUUAAAGACGUACUCAAACUGGCCAACCUUUCCACAGCUAUAUUACAAAGGAGAGUUGGUAGGAGGUUGUGAUAUUGUGAUGGAACUGCACGACAAUGGUGAGCUCAAGGCUACCUUAUCCGAAUAG